AUGUUCGCUCCAGGCCAAGAACAGCUCUCCAAGGAGGAGAUCAAGGCUGGUGAGGUUGAGGCCUGCCAGACCGUCAAGAUGACCGUUCUCGGCGGCAUCGCGCUCUACCUUUCCCCCUUCGCCAUUGACUUCGCCCGAAAGUUCCUUUAA